AGUGACGCUAGGAUCGUCUCUUAGCUACCGUACAUCGGCACCGACGUCGCUGGCGUACAGCUUUUGUCGACACGAGUAAACAAACAGCGCGUUAGACGGCUAAUUAGCAUUUUAGCGACACAGAAGAAAGUCACUGCCUGUGUGACGUCAGCACAUCUUGUUAUCUGCAGCCGGAGACCAAACAUCUGAAGGCAUCUGGUUCCGAUGGUUCCGUGACUGUGAGGGGCUAGAACCGGAACGAAUCGGUGGAGAUGAGCUCUCCGCUCGGGAGGAGCGCUUUGAUCGGGCUCGCUGUUGGAGCCACUGCCGGCCUGGGUCUGAUCGCUUUCGUUAUCUACCGGGAGAUGAGCCGGAGAAGAAGUCUGCUGUCGGAGAACCGGUACCGGCCAGCGGCCCGGUUAAUAAACAGUCCGGAUGGAGCAGCGCACGUACCGGAGCCGCAGGAUGUUCACGGUGACGAGCUGGACGCCCAGCAGCAAGCUCUAGCAGCAGUGGAGGCGGUGGUCCAGGGGCUGUCCCCGGAGCAGUUGCUGGAGCUCAGGGUCCAGCUGGACCAGGUUCUGACCUGUGUGGCAUCUCUGCGCUCAGAGGUGGCAGACCUGAGGGGGGGGCUGCAUGACAUCGCUCUACAGAUUAUUAAUGAUGUCAGAAAGGGGGUGGAGGACAGUCAGCGCAUCCGCCGAAGACGUCAUCUGGUCCACAGAGAGCGCACAGACUCCAACAGUUCCAGCUCCAUUUACUUCACGGCCAGCCAGGACACGUCCAGCACUUGUGGGGACACCAGUGAGGGGGGGUACACCACCGCGUGUGCAGAGUCCGACUACACAGACCGGGACUCGGACAAAGAAGAGCAGGAGUCUGAGGAGUCUGACGAGGACGAGGAGGAGGAGGACAGGAGCUGUGCCACAGUGCUCACCCUUCGGCAAGAAGAUUCCCCAGAAGAAGAAGAAGAGGAGGAGGAGGAGGAGGAUGUGGUUGAGGGAGGAGGGCUACAGCUGCAGCGGGGGGCUGAGGUUCCUAACGGCGAGCUGGCUCUCCUCUUGGCUCAGAGUGACAUCCUCCACACAGGAGGUGCUAGUCUGAAGGCAGAAGGCUUCCGACUGCUGCUGGAGAACAGAGCGGAGCACCAAGACAACCAGGAGUUCCUGUGGAGACUCGCUCGAGCGUACGCUGACAUGUACGAGUGUACUGAGGACGAGCAGGUGAAGAGCCGCUACGCUCAGAAAGGUCGAGAGGAGGCAGAGGAGGCCCUGCAGAAGAACGGCCUGAAUGCUGACUGUCACAAAUGGUUUGCCGUGCUGACUGCUCUGGCCUUGGAGCACGGGAGCAUGCACAGCAAGCUGAAGAGCAGUCACCUCCUGAAGGAGCAUCUGGACCAGGCCCUGGCCCUCAGAGACGACGAUCCCAUGUGUUACUAUCUGCUGGGCCGAUGGUGCUACGAGGUGUCCUCCUGGGACUGGCUGGAGAGGAAGGCAGCUGCGGCCCUCUACAGGAGCCCCCCCACCUGCACCCUGCACGAUGCUCUGGAAAACUUCCUGAAGGCGGAGGCGCUCAGUCCAGGCUUCUCCAGGACCGUCAGGCUAUACGUUGCCAAGUGUCACAAGCAGCUGGGGAACACCAGUGAGGCCAGCAGCUGGACCAGGCUGGCCCUGGAGAUGCCCACCAGCGGUCACCCUGGGGACGAGGCCAGAAAACUGGAGGCUGAACUUCGACUCUUAACCGACAGACAGGUGUGAAGCGACCGUCUCAGCAGCUGCUGUGGAGAACGUCCUGACCUUCGCCAGAUGUUCUCAUCUGUGUGAAACCUGCUGGAGCCUGAGGAUGAAUAUUUAUUUAUGACAUGUGCUAAAGAGCUGGCUGUUUUUGAUUUGGUGUGUUUACUUUCUCACUUGUCUGGUGAGUCAGUCAUCUGUGUGAAGGCCCAGAGCCUCAGCCCUGCAUCAUCGGGUGGUUAUCAGGUUUUCAAAUAUAGACCAUUUCCUGCUGUUCUCAAGUGUGUUUCUACGUUCAAGUGACGAGUAGAAACCAUCUACGGCAGGGAUUCCCUUAGUGUGGUGCGCGCACCCCUGGGGGUGCACGAGGUGAAAAGUGUAAUGUCUGUGGGAGCUCGGAGCAAGUCUGUCACAUGUCACAGUCCAGUAUAAUAUAUAUAUAUUAUACACACAUGUGUAUAUAUAUAUAUAUAUAUAUACACACACAUAUGUGUAUAUAUAUAUAUAUGUGUGUAUGUAUAUAUAUACACAUAUAUGUGUGUGUGUAUAUAUAUAUAUAUAUAUACAUACACACACACAUGUGUAUAUAUAUAUAUAUAUAUAUACACACACAUAUGUGUAUAUAUAUAUAUAUGUGUGUAUGUAUAUAUAUACACAUAUAUGUGUGUGUGUAUAUAUAUAUAUAUAUAUAUACACAUGUGUGUGUAUAUAUAUAUAUAUACAUAUAUGUGUAUGUAUAUAUAUAUAUAUAUAUACACAUAUGUGUGUAUAUAUAUAUAUAUACAUAUAUAUGUGUAUGUAUAUAUACAUACACACACAUAUAUAUAAACACACACAUAUAUGUGUAUGUGUAUGUAUAUAUACACACAUAUAUAUAUAAAUACACACAUAUGUGUGUGUAUAUUUAUAUAUACAUAUAUAUGUGUGUGUGUAUGUAUAUAUAUAUAUACACACACAUAUGUGUGUAUAUAUAUAUAUACAUACACACACAUAUAUAUACACAUAUAUGUGUGUGUAUGUAUAUAUACAUACACAUAUAUACAUACACACACAUAUAUAUACAUAUAUGUGUGUGUAUGUAUAUAUACAUACACAUAUACAUACAUACACACACAUAUAUGUGUAUAUAUAUAUAUACACACACAUAUAUAUAGAGAGAAAGAGAGAGAGAGUUAAAAUUAAAGUCCCAUUAAUUGUCACAGGUGUGUGUGCAAAAUUUGUUCUCCGCAUUUGACCCAUCCCCUGGGGGAGCGGUGAGCUGCAGACACAGCCGCGCUCGGGAACCAUUUGGUGGUUUAACCCCCGAAUCCAACCCCCUUAAUGCUGAGUGUCAAGCAGGGAGGCAUUGGGUCCCAUUUUCUCAAAGUCUUUGGUAUGACCCGACCAGGAAUCGAACCCUGAUCUCCCAGUCUGAGGGCGGACACUCUACCACUAGGCCACUGAGCUGGAGAGAUCAAGUCACUGAUAUACGAACAAACAAAUGAAAGUAAGCGGUCCAUUCUACGGCCAUCACAACCCAACAUGCAUGCGGUGGCCGUAUUGGGUUUGAGGUGAGGCCUGCAGGAACCUCUGACUGGGGAAGGUUCCGGUUAAUGUUGGAGGUCAUGCAUCUUUUUUCAUCGUCCAUUGAACGUUUAGAUUUUUCCACCGGUGACCGUUAACAAACAUGCUCUCUGAUCUGAUGAUUAAAGUUCAGAUGAACCAUCA